AUGGCAGUUUUGGAUGGAUCGAUCAUGGGAGAGUCUUCUAAUUCUUCUGCUUCUUACAUUCACAUGGUGCAGCACCUGAUUGAGAAGUGUUUGAUCUUUCACAUGUCAAAGGAAGAAUGCAUGGAGGCUCUGUCCAAGCAUGCAAAUAUCAAGCCUGUCAUAACAUCCACUGUGUGGAACGAGCUAGAGAAAGAAAACAAGGAAUUUUUUGAGGAGUAUGCCAAAGCUAAGAGUAAAGACGACCGAAUGUCGGAGGAAGAGACAAGCCAAAUGAUACAGAAGAUGAUCUCAGAUUCCUCUAAAGAUUAUGAGACCACACCAGCUUCAUUGACAACUGGGUGA